AUGUAUCACAUUUUGCUUCUAUCUAUCUAUCUAUCUAUCUAUCUAUCUAUCCUUAAUAUGCCUAUCAAUGCCUGUCUAUUUCACACUUUAUGUAUGUAUGUAUCACAUUUUGCUUCUAUCUAUCUAUCUAUCUAUCUAUCUAUCUAUCUAUCUAUCCUUAAUAUGCCUAUCAAUUCCUGUCUAUUUCACACUUUAUGUAUGUAUGUAUCACAUUUUGCUUCUAUCUAUCUAUCUAUCUAUCUAUCUAUCCUUAAUAUGCCUAUCAAUUCCUGUCUAUUUCACACUUUAUGUAUGUAUGUAUCACAUUUCGCUUCUAUCUAUCUAUCUAUCUAUCUAUCCUUAAUAUGCCUAUCAAUUCCUGUCUAUUUCACACUUUAUGUAUGUAUGUAUCACAUUUUGCUUCUAUCUAUCUAUCUAUCUAUCUAUCUAUCUAUCUAUCUAUCUAUCCUUAAUAUGCCUAUCAAUUCCUGUCUAUUUCACACUUUAUGUAUGUAUGUAUGUAUGUAUGUAUCACAUUUCGCUUCUAUCUAUCUAUCUAUCUAUCUAUCUAUCUAUCUAUCUAUCCUUAAUAUGCCUAUCAAUUCCUGUCUAUUUCACACUUUAUGUAUGUAUGUAUCACAUUUCGCUUCUAUCUAUCUAUCUAUCUAUCUAUCUAUCCUUAAUAUGCCUAUCAAUGCCUGUCUAUUUCACACUUUAUGUAUGUAUGUAUGUAUGUAUGUAUCACAUUUCGCUUCUAUCUAUCUAUCUAUCUAUCUAUCUAUCUAUCCUUAA